AUGUCACCCUCUCGGAUGGCGAGGAGCAGCAAGAGAAAGACCCAGAAGAAACCUGCCGUUCUGGAAGAAGCGGACUUGUUGGCGGGCUCCAUGGCCAUCAUGAAUGACAUGCGAAGACGGAAAACUUUGUGUGAUGUGAUUCUCGUGGUCCAGGAAAGAGAGAUCGCUGCUCAUGGUGUGGUCCUUGCUGCAGCCAGCCCAGUUUUUAAUGUCAUGUUCACAACUGACAUGCUGGAAUCAACGCCCUUUGAAGUAGAACUCAAAGACGCCGACCCUGACAUUAUUGAACAGCUGGUGGAAUUUACUUACACUGCUAGGGUUUCUGUGAAUAGCAACAACGUGCAGUCUUUGUUGGACGCCGCAAACCAGUACCAGCUUCAACCUGUGAAGCUCAUGUGUGUUGAUUUUUUGAAAGAGCAAGUGGAUCCUUCAAAUUGUCUAGGUCUAAGCAUUCUAGCAGAGCGUCUAGACUGUCCUGAAUUGAAAGCCGCUGCAGAUGCCUUUAUUCACCAGCAUUUCACUGACGUUUACAAAACUGAGGAGUUUCUCCAACUUGAUGCUCAGCGAGUAACUCAGCUCCUCCACCAGGACGCCCUGACGGUGAGAGCGGAGGAGCAGGUUUAUGAUGCUGCCCUCAGGUGGCUGAGACAUGAUGCGCAAAAUCGCAAGCCUUUUAUUGUUGAUGUCCUCACACAAGUCAGAUUUCCUCUUCUCUCAAAGUAUUUCUUAAGUAAAACCGUAACAUCUGAACCACUCAUACAAGACAACCCUGAGUGCCUUAAGAUGGUGAUAAGUGGGAUGAGGUAUCAUCUACUGUCUCCUGAGGAUCAGAAAGAACCAGCACAUGGAACAAGGCCUCGAAGAUUACAGUCUUAUAGCUAUUUUAACCCAAAGUUGGGAAAAGGUGCAUAUUCCACACGAUCCUGA